UGUUUGCUGACGUCAGAGGCUCUGUAUAAAUUUUGCACAACAGAAUAAUGGCUGAAUGUUUUGUUUUGUGAAUUAUCUCAAACUAUAAACAUCAGUGAAUUUUUUGAAUCCCCAAGUGAUCACUUUAUUGCACCUGCUUCGACCUUGAUUUCAGUGUACCCAUCAUCUCACACUCGAAACAAGCAACAAUGAGAGACCGAGCAAAACGUUCGACUGCGGGUAAUCGCAUGGCUAAGUUGUUAAACGAGGAAGAGGAGUGCCAGGAUGAAUUUUACAAAGUCAAUUAUGGGGGUUUUCAAGAGACGGCAACUGAUAAUGAAUACGAAGCCGAAGAGGAAGGAGAGGAUCAGGUGGAUUCCGAUUUUAGUAUUGACGAAAAUGACGAACCUGUUUCUGAGAAUGAGGAAGAGAGUCAACGGAAAAAGAGGAGAUUGGUUACAAAAGCCUAUAAGGAACCAGUACCAAACCAAAACAAGCAAAAGUCUACUCCGAAACCGAAACCAUCAGCUUCCAAAGAGAAUAAUGACACUCAACAAACGUCUGAUCAAGGAGCUGCUUUUGCAAUGAUGUUCAAACGAAAAUCCAUAAGAAAAUCAACUGCAGCCAAAUCGGCAGCCACAGCUCAACGUGUUAAAAUUCGAACGUUGGAGCAGAAGAAAAAAGCAAAAAAGCCGAAAGAAGAGGAAUGGAUACCAACCCAAGAGGAACUUUUAGAGGAAGCUAAAGUUACCGAAUUGGAAAAUUUACAAGCUUUAGAAAGAUACCAGAAAAUGGAAAGUGAAAAGAAAUCGAGGCGCCCUUUCAAGAGAACACGAUUUGGUCCUAUUAUUCGGUACCAUUCUAUGCGAAUGCCUCUAAUCGAAGAAGUUAAUCCAGAGUACGUAUGCUGUGUUAUGAUUUUUAAAUCUAAAUGUCUAAUUUACAGAGAAAAGGUUAAAAAUGAAAAUAAAGCAGAUCCUGCUCAGAAAUACUAUGAGAGAACUUUUAUAACAUUUUUGGAUGAUCCCAACGAUGUAGUAUACAAAAAUGUAAUGAAGAUUAGGCCCCCGCCAAAAGUUCCAAAUAAGUUACGAUGCACAAUCACAAAAAAACCAGCAAAGUAUGUGGAUCCAUUAACUUGCUUACCGUAUCACGACAUACAAAGCUUUAACUUAAUUCGAGAAGCAUAUUACCAACAGCUAGAGGCACAUGGAGAUAAAAACGACCCCGUAAUGGGCAAAUGGUUGGAGUGGUACGCAAAAAAUAAGGACAAAAGCAGAAAACUUCGAUUUCAUAGAUCAGUUCCUAAAACAAAUUAAUAUGGCAGUUUCUGUAAUUUGUAUAAAUAAAAACUGAAAAGUCA